GCAAAUUGCAGAGCAAGGGAAAGAUUCCACCUUUUCAUGCAAAGCAGAUUAACUUGUCCCACUUGUGAACGCACAACCCUAGGAAUUGGAGCCUUCUGUUCCCCCCAUUUACUCAUUUCAAAUCCUCAACUCUCUCUCUCUCUUUUUCUCUCACUCUUAUUUCUAGAGAGAGAGAAGCAUGUAGUUUUUGCCUGAGAAGGACUGAAGGAGUCGGGGAGAGAGUUCUCCCACCACAUUCGUUCGUUACAGAACUUUCAGUCAUGGUGCUGGGGUGUUGAGAGAGAAAUAGUUGGUUUAUCUGUGUAAGGCCAAAACCCAGGAAUUGAAUCCGAUGAAAGAUUUGGGUUUAGCUGGCAGUAAUGCAGGGAUGAAAACCCAUGUCUCAGUUUUAGCUGACAUCUUGUUUUCAGGCUAGAAAGUUUUUAGCUUGGUUUUGGUUUCACUAGAAGCAGGGGAGAUCCGUCUUCUAAGAGAGAGCUCAAGGGGUAGGUGGCUUGCUUUCACUGGAAAGAGCUCAAAACCACCAAUUUUCUUUUGCAGGAUCAAGAUAAAACUGGUUCUGGGUUUGCCCUAAAACCCAUCUUUUCAUUUGAAAGAUUAAGAGGAAAACCAGUUCCAGCUUCACUCAAAUCAGAGCUCAAAAAGCCCAAGUUUUCUAUUGCAGGACCAAUAAGAAAUUGGGUUUGGCUUCCUUUAAGCUGCAAAACCCUGCUAUUUGAGUUUUUGUACCGAAUAUGUCUCAUUAAUGGGGUAUACACAAAUGAUGCUCUUCACGUGAUUCCAUAUUUAUAAGGAGCUUUCAAGUAAGGCGGCAAACAAAGGUGUUCACGAACUCCAUUGUUAAGAUUUUGAUCCUGACCUAGAGAGAUGAGAGAAGAGAUUACUGCAACUACUCGGCAGAAGCCGAGUAAAUUCCCUGAUCAAAGCCAUGCACCAAAGAUAUCAAAGCUUAAGUCCAAUUCAACAUGGGGAUCUCAGAUUGUCAAGGGGUUCUCAACUGAGAAGAAAACACGAACCAGAGUGAGUACCCAAGAGCCGAUUGCCUCUGCCAAGAAAACAACAAUAAUUUCUGUUCGUUCUAGCGAUACUGCUCUUACAGUUUUGAAAAGAUCAGAUGUCUCAGACUUGACAACUUUGAACAAGAAGCCACCUGUUAAUAGUUCAGAACGCCCGAACCAAAAAUAUCUCUUCAAUUCUUACCCCUCUAAGGUUAAGCGCUCGCUAAUUGGUGACUUCCCUUGUUCAGCGGGUGCUCAGGUUCACCCCCAGAUGCCGAAAUCUCAUCACGUGAGGUCCUCUAGUUCGAGUGAUUUGUUCUUUGAGUUAGAGCAUCUCCGGACAUCUCUCCAAGAAUCAAAGGAGAGAGAAACAAAGCUACACAGUGAAAUUCAGGAGUUUAAGGGGCUCAAGUCCAAAAUUUUGGAGCUAGAGAGAGAACUUGAACUUAAGAAGACAGAAGCUGAGACUUUCAGUCAAAGAGUUUGUAUGCUUGAAGACGAAAAGGAAAAGAUGUCUGAGCAGUUGGCUUCACUCUCUACAGUCAGGGAGAGCAAGGAGGAAGGGGCAACACGUCUAGUUAAAGGUUUUGAGGACUGCAAAUAUGAUCAAGAUAGUGAGAGGACGAUGAAGAGUAUAAGGAAGCUGGAAAUGGAAGCUGUUGAAUUGAGGCGUGUGAAUAUGGAACUACAGUUCCAAAAGAGAGACCUUGCUUGCAGGCUUUCCUCUUCGGAGUCCCAACUUGCUGUUCUUGCCAAAAAGACAGAGAGUGAUAAGGUGGCCAAGGUUGAAGCAGAAGCGUCAGUACUAAGGCAUACAAAUGAAAAUUUGUGCAAACAAGUUGAGGGGUUAAAGAUGAGCCGAUUCACUGAGGUUGAGGAACUUGUUUACCUUAGAUGGGUUAACUCAUGCUUGAGGCAUGAACUAAGAAAUGUUGAUAGCCAGUUGAAGAAACCUUCAGCUCUAGAUUUGAAAGAGACGUGGAGCCCCAAUUCACAGAACACAGCCAAACAACUUAUGAUGGAGUAUUCUAGGCCUGCAUUGCAAGAUUCUAGUAUAAAAAGCAUCCUUAUAAACACUAACAGAGAUGAAGAUUCGGAGAACUUAUCUUGCUUGUCGAGCACAUCAGAUUCCAGCAUUCAUAGCUCAAAGAAGGUGGGUUUGAUCCAAAAGCUGAGAAAAUGGUCCAAAAAUAACGACGAUUGCCAACUUUUAGACCACCAAUCUCUCUCAGGAAAAUGUUGGGAAGCUACCCAAGAAGGCGGAAGCCCAAGGCGUAGGCAUUCUAUCAGCGGUUCGAAAGGUUAUGCUGAAAAUUCAACACUGUGCAAGCAAAGAGAGUCGAAUGAGAUUGAUAGGGAGAGAGGAGCAUAUGUUAAUGAAAAUUUUCCUCCAAAAUAUGAAUUGGGUGUUGUCCAGAGUCCGAGAUUCUUGGUUAACAAGCAAGACCUAAUCAGAAUUGCACCAUCGGAAAUUGAGAAGAGAGCACUAAGGGUUCCCAAUCCUCCACCUAGGCCAUCAAAUUUGGCUCAAAAUGAGCACAAAAAUGGAGGAAUAACCAAAGUUGCACCCCCUCCACCUCCCCCGCCACCGCCUCCUCCUCCCAAGUUUUCAAUGAGAAGUAGUGCUAGUGUAAUGCAAAGAGCCCCGGAAGUAGUUGAAUUCUACCAUUCUUUGAUGAAGAGAGAUGGUAGGAAAGAUUCAGCUGCAGGAGGGGUUUGUGAUGCACCUGGAGUGACGAAUGUUCACAGUAGUAUGAUUGGCGAGAUCGAGAACCGGUCCUCUUAUUUACUUGCUAUUAAAGCGGAUGUGGAGACCCAAGGUGAAUUCGUGCGCUCCUUGAUAAGAGAGGUGAACAAUGCAGUAUACAGGGAUAUUGAAGAUGUAGUCGCCUUUGUAAAAUGGCUAGACGACGAGCUCUGUUUCCUGGUUGAUGAAAGGGCAGUUUUGAAACACUUUGAAUGGCCUGAGGGGAAAGCUGAUGCUUUAAGAGAAGCCGCAUUUGGUUAUCGUGAUCUAAAGAAGUUAGAGUCAGAGGUUUCCUGUUUUGAAGAUGAUUCUCGUGUUCCUUGUGAUGUCGCUUUGAAGAAGAUGCUAUCGCUUUCAGAAAAAAUGGAACGUGGUGUAUAUAACUUGCUCCGAACACGAGACGUUAUCAUGGGGCAUUGCAAAGUGUUUCAAAUCCCUACAGAUUGGAUGCUUGACUCAGGGAUCAUCAGCAAGAUAAAGUUCAGUUCAGUGAAGCUUGCCAAGAAAUACAUGAAAAGAGUGGCCAUGGAGCUCCAAGCUAAGGGUGCCUCAGAUAAGGAUCCCUCACUGGAGUACAUGCUACUCCAUGGUGUGAGAUUUGCGUUCAGGAUACAUCAGUUUGCAGGAGGAUUUGAUGCAGAAACCAUGCAAGCAUUUGAGGAGCUUCGAAAUCUCGCUCAUAUUCGCAAUAACAAAUAGAAAACCAGUGAGAAACCAUGAUGACUACUACUAUAGAAAAAAGAACCAUGCUUACCAGCUCAGUAAGUCAUAAACACUUCGAAACUUGUAGUUUCUUUUUCAUAAAUUCUCCUUUUUGGUGUGGUUGUAAGUUAAUCAUUUUUUGUUGUUUCUUUUUGUUUUGGUGUGGUUGUAAGUUAAUCAUUUUUGUUGUUUCUUUUUGGCGUGCUUAUAAUUUGUAUAGAGUGAGCUUCUUAGUGUCUUGA